AUGCUCACGACGACAAUCCCACAGUUUCCUGAUACAAAGCUGUAUAUCAGCCUUUUCAGAAACGUUUCUAACGCGCCGGAAAUUGUUGACAGCCUUGCAGAACUUCCGUACAGCAUCAUCGAUGCCAGAACAUUGCUAUCAAGGGAGCAGCUGCUCAGUGCAGUUUACAGAGCUAUGCUCGAGAAGCACUGCAACAAGUUGCGGACCAGAAACCUGCAUACGGAAGUUCUUUUGUGCCUCUCUCCUACAUCAAACGUAAUGUCGCAGAUCGGAGAUGCUAUGAAACGGUUCGGCAUCAAAAAGGAUAGUACCAGUGUGGUUCUUGUGAAGGCCGUAACCGGGGACGAAACUUUCGAUCCCAAGGGGUUUUCAGAGGUUAUCCGCGGCGAAGAGCUGGAAUUUAGCGAUACGGCCCUGCGCGAGAGCGCCGAUAUCGACACCAUAAGAGAGAAUUACAAGUUGAAGUGCUUCGAAUGUGAGCGUUUGGAAGAGCUCUCGGCCGCUCUAGUGCAUGCUAUCCAACUAAGAGGGCUGUAA